AUGCCAUUUACGUGUGUAGUCUGUGGCUACACAAGUGAAUGCUCAAAGGAGAAUGAAAACAAAACAUAUACUGCAUUUCACAGGUAAGAAAUUACAAAACAAUUGAAACUUUUAAAUAUUUAUUAAUAUUUAAUUUAUUUACAUGACAAUAGUAAACACUAUUAUGACAAUGGGUACAAAUUCAUAAUGACAAAAUGAAAAAGCUAAUUUUCAUUAAUACAGGUUUCCCUUAAAAGAUGAAAGACAUCUUGAGAAGUGGGAAAAUAUAGUUAAGAGAGCAAGAAAUGAUGGACAACAAUGGAGGGCAACACGCCACAGCUACAUUUGCAGUAAUCAUUUUGAAGCAUGUGACUACACUAUACCCCCAUCCUCAACAGGGCCAUGCAGGCUAAAAAAAUAUGCUGUACCAUCAUUAUUCAAAUUGGAAGUCAAACCGCAAAGCAUACCAAAAGAGGCUAGAAGCCGACUGGAAAUGCCUGAAGGAAGUUCCACCCAUCAAGGCCAUAAACGUCCAAUUUCAUGUGAACAUCUAUUGUCAACAAUAUAUCAUGAUCACUGCUAUGGAAAACGGCAAAAACUAAUACAGCAGACACCACUUCAGGAAAUCCAUGGUAAUUCAUGCCAAGAUGAAGAAAUUUCUAAAAAACAAUUAAAACAUAAAAUUAAAAACUUACAGCAGCAAUUGCGAAGGUGUAAGAAGAAGAUAGGGAACAUGGCAGAACUUAUUGACAAACUGCAAGAAGAGCUCAUCAUAAAAUCAGAUGUGGCAGAUAAGUUACAUGCGUCAUUCGACAAAAUUCAAUUGUCCAUUUUCCAAAAUGUCCAAAAAAAUUCACAGAGUUUGCCAUGUGGCCGCCGCUAUACUGAUGAUAUCAAAGAAUUUGCAUUAACCUUAUACUUUUAUUCUCCAAAAGCAUAUCAAUAUGUACGUUCAAUUUUGCCCUUACCCAAUCCUUCUUUGAUUCGGAAGUGGGCAAGCUCAGUAGAUUGUGAACCUGGGUUCCUGAAAGAGGCAUUCAAGGCACUGUCAGAUGAAGUCAAACAAUGUCCAGACAAAAAAGACUGUUACCUCAUUAUGGAUGCCAUGUCAAUUCGAAAGGAGACGGUGUGGGACAAGGAGAAUGAUAGAUAUGAUGGAUUCAUAAACUAUGGCACAGUAAACCCUGAAGAUCCAGAGACAUUAGCAUCUGAAGCACUAGUCUUUCUUUUGGUUGGAGCCAGAACACACUGGAAAUGUCCCAUUGGUUACUUUCUCGGCAAUAAAAUUUCUGCGAGGAUCCAGGCACAGCUUUUGAUAACAGCACUUGAAAUGGCCGCAGAAUCUGGACUACGGGUAUGGUCUAUCACUGCAGAUGGAACAUCAGUAAAUCUCAGCACCUUCAGUCUCCUUGGCUGUAAAUUUGGAACAACGUACAAGGACAUGGUUACAAAGUUCAAGCAUCCAACAGAAGAUUACCACGUAUACGUCAUAUCGGAUCCAUGCCACAUGUUGAAACUGGCCAGAAAUGCACUAGGAACACUUCAUUCAUUCACCGACAAUGAUGGUAAGAAGGUCAGAUGGAGAUUCUUUAAAAAUUUGUGCUUAAUCCAGGAGGAACAUGGGUUGAAAAUGGCCAACAAGUUGUCCCCAAAACACCUGCAAUUUGAGAAACAUAAAAUGAAGGUUAACCUGGCGGCACAAACACUAAGUUCAUCGGUAGCAGAUGCAAUUGAAUUCCUGGAAAACGUAAUGGAGCUACCUGACUUUACAGACAGCCAAGGAACAGUAAUAUUUUGCAGAACAAUUGACAGACUAUUCGAUAUGCUAAAUUCUCGCAACCCAUUAGGAAAGGGUACAAACAACCCCUCAGAUGGAACACACAGGAUAUUUGGGAAUCAACAUUAAGAUCUACGGCUGAUUACCUACUAUCGUUGAAAACAGAUACAGUUCCUGCUCAACUUCUUUCAACACAUCCUCGAAAGACAUUUAUAAUUGGUUUUGUAGCAGACAUAAAGUCAACAAUUGAAAUGGCCCAUGAAAUGCUAUCAAGCACCAACAACCCAUUUAAAUAUGUGCUAACAUACAAGUACUCACAAGAUCAUGUUGAACUGUUCUUUUCAUGUAUACGAGCACAAGGUGGCUGGAACAACAACCCCAGCACUUUACAGCUGAAAUAUUCCCUGCGGAAAAUGCUACUGAGAAAUGCCGUAACUGCAUCGAAAAAUGCAAACUGCACAGAAUUUACAGACCUAACCACAAUCACCUCGACUGUGAUACCUUUUUUUCAUAAGAGGAAGCACAAAACCCCCUUACUGGACAAGGAUGCUGAGGAGGAAGAGGAGGAAGAUGAAGAACAACCCAUGGUAGAGCCAUUGGGUCAGGAAGGUCACAGUGACUUCACCGCCAACAUAUUGGUCUACAUCGCAGGAUAUAUUGUAUCAAAACUGCUAAAGCUGCUUACAUGUCCUGACUGAAUCACUAGCCUAACUUCCCAACCAUCUACCAACCCUGAUCAGGAUUUCUGUGGUGUUCGGUACAACAGUGCUGCAGCUGCAUCUGCCUUUACACUGUUUGUGAACAAUGGUGGUCUGAAAAUACCGUCAAAAUCUGUGUUCCAGAUCAUUGAGUAUGCUGAGCUUGUGUUUAAACGAAACGUAUGCAAAGAAGGAAAAAGCAUUAGUAACAAAAAAAAUUUGAAGAAGACAAUGAUUAUGAGCGUUUGUCACCACUUUGUUGAUAUACACCAAGUCCUGUUUGCAGAACAUGAAGAAGACAUCAACGAAAGAGUGUUCGAAGAUGAACAUCGGAUAAAGCUUGUCAAACACUGUGCCGACCAAUAUCUUACAUUGCGUCUUUUUACUUAUGCGAAACGUUUUAAUGCAAAUGUG